CUCAAUCCCACUCUUCUCCCCUCCCGUCCUCGCGGUUGCGACACCGCCUCCUAUUCCGGACAUUUCUCGAUCCCCUCACGGGGCGCAUAACGGACGCUGGCCCUCCCUCGUUGUUUCCCAGGGGCCCUCAUUGAGCGGCCGUGCUCAUCAUGAAGGCCAGCCCGUUGCUCAUCUCGUGGCACAACGACAAUGCCCCCAUCUACUCGGUUCAUUUUGACCCCAAUGGCAAAGGUCGCUUGGCUACGGCCGGAAAUGAUAACAACGUCCGACUAUGGAAAGUGGAAUCAACGGGCGAGGAACGGAAGGUAUCCUACCUGAGCACGCUAGUCAAACACACCCAGGCCGUCAAUGUGGUCCGUUUCAGUCCUAAAGGCGAGAUGCUGGCAUCUGCCGGGGAUGACGGCAACGUCCUCUUGUGGGUCCCAUCGGAAUUGCAAACACAGUCUGGGCUGGGAGAAGACCGUUCGGACGAGAAAGAAACAUGGCGUGUGAAGCACAUGUGUCGCUCGUCCGGUGCGGAAAUCUACGAUCUCGCUUGGUCGCCGGAUGGUGUUUUCAUCAUCACAGGGAGCAUGGACAACAUCGCUCGAAUCUAUAACGCCCAAACAGGACAAAUGGUGCGCCAGAUUGCCGAGCACUCACACUAUGUCCAAGGGGUAGCUUGGGACCCCCUCAACGAGUUCGUUGCGACGCAGUCGUCAGAUCGGUCCGUCCACAUUUACAGUUUGAAAACAAAGGAUGGCCAAUUUACUCUCACCUCACAUGGAAAAUUCCUUAAGAUGGAUCUUCCUGCCAAACGCAUCUCAUCCAGCAGUCCAGCCCCGCCGGAUCUUUCGCUUCGCUCCCAACCCCCAGCACCGAGCUCUGCUGCUAUCGCCUCGCCCGCCCCCUCGACUCCAGGCACGCCGAUGACCUCCAAUUUACCCAUGGAUCCCCCCCCCGUGUCGCACAGCCGCCGAUCAUCUUUUGGAUCCUCCCCGUCGAUCCGUCGCUCGGCCUCUCCGGCACCAUCCCUACCUUUGCCUGCCGUCAAGCCGCUGGAAGUGCCCUCUCCAAGUUUUUUGGGCGGCCUGGGCGUGAAGAACGCCAAUCUUUAUGCUAAUGAGACCUUCACAUCGUUCUUUCGGAGAUUGACGUUUGCCCCCGAUGGGAGCCUGUUGUUCACCCCCGCAGGCCAGUAUAAAGCCUCUCAUGUCUCUGCGACGGAUCCUGCAAAGACUACGGAUGAGAUUAUCAACACAGUAUAUGUGUACACCCGUGCGGGAUUCAACAAACCGCCCAUCUCCCAUCUCCCGGGCCAGAAGAAACCCUCUGUUGCAGUCAGGUGCUCGCCCAUCUUUUACACUCUACGACAGGCUCCCCAGCCUGCCAAGCAUAUCACAUUGGAUACGUCAUCCGCCGAGGAGUCGUUUCUAUCUCUCCCUGAUCCGGUAGUGAGCUCCACGGGGGACAGCUCUAUGGAGCCUCCAACAUCAGCACCUGAUCCGGCGAAGAACACCCCCAAGACCACCGACCGCGCUGCCAGCCAAAGCCCCCUCCCAGCGUUCACGCUGCCCUACCGAAUUGUGUAUGCCGUAGCGACGCAGGAUGGGGUCAUGGUGUAUGACACACAGCAGCAGACACCGAUAUGCGUGGUCAGCAACCUGCACUUUGCCACCUUCACGGAUUUGACAUGGUCCAACGAUGGAUUGACUCUGAUAAUGAGCUCGUCGGAUGGGUUCUGUUCGACGCUCGCAUUUUCUCCCGGGGAGCUGGGCCAACCAUACACGGCUCCGGUGGCGGCGGCGGCUCAGCCAACGCCCACCAAUAGCACCCCUACGACCAAACCCAGCCCGGCGCAAGUCCCUCCCGCAAGCCCUGCACGGUCCAACUCAGUAUCCUCGGUUACCACCCAGUCCGGCUCCCAGCAGCCUGCGGGAACGGUGGUCAACAACCCGACGCCCACCCUCGGGGCUGUGCCGUUGGUGACCGCAGCCCAUUCAUCCCAGCCUCCGACACUUCCGCUCACUACCCCGCCACAGACCCCCAUGUCUGCAGCCUCCCAAAGUGGGACAAGUCAUGUCAGCAACAGCGUUCUGGGCAAACGCGCCGGGGAGUCCGAGAAGGAGGACGACAAAGAUCAGAGCGCCGCGCCGCCGGCCCAGCAACCACCGAAAAAGAGACGGGUCGCACCGACACUUAUAUCAGCGGGCACCGACCCUUCUGCCGCAGCAAGAGACCAACCACCCAAUGCUGACGUGGGGGGUUAGAAUCAUCCGUCCGGUAGACAAAAACCAUCCCUUCUUUCCCCUUUCCCCCCUCUUUCCCCGCCCAAGUGUAACUCCCUCCUAUGUUGUCAAGUAUGGGUUUCGUUUCGGAUGAUCUGAGUUGCUACGAUAUUCCGCUGGCUGAUGAUUUUACGUCCCCCCCCCUUCGUUGCUUAUCUAUCUAUCUAUCUAUAUCCAUCGUCCGUUAUGCCCCCCCUCUCAGAUGGGUUACGGUUCGUCGUGCUGGGAUGGGAUCCCGGUAGAGUUUCAGGUCUGGUCAUGGCAUGCAU